GACAACACAUAUAGAUACAGGUAAGCCUCCUGCACCUCAAAUACUAGCGUGCCACCAGACUACUUGUUAAUGAUGUCUCUGAGUUUGGCUUCUUUGCAUCAGCGACACUUCGCGUGGUUUGGUUGUCUGAAAAGCAUGAGUAAUUUUAUGUCGUAAGUAGGGAUAUGUAUACGAUGUUUGAUGGUAAUGAUAAUGUGUUGGCGUUUUGUCUUACUCUACACGAGUUUAACUAGUCCUAGCGCUGUUUCUGUUCAUGUUGUAUAGAAAUAAUCCUUUUGUCAAUAUCUUUUUAAAACUGUUUUUUAUGUUGAUCCUGAGAUCCUAGAACGACUCCUAGAACGACAGAGGUAGUUGCAUGGCAAGAGCACGACUCGGCCUUAGCAUGCGUGACUGAGUCUUUGCUUGGCGCUCUUUUUUCGCAGGAUCCUAAAUUUAAAUGAAAAGCGUGGAAAAUAGUUUCGUGUUGUUCUAGUUGUUAAAGAGUUCUUCAGAGUUUUUUAGUUAGAUCAGCAAAAAUGUAUGAGUUCGAACCGAAAUGAUUGAUUUGAUUAUAUCACGACAGGUAGAAAAUUUGAGGUUUCAUUUUCACGGCCCACGACGAGAUAGAAUGACAAUAAGUGCAACAACGAACAUCUUUGUUUUUACUUCUCCAGUAUGCAGGGAAAAGGCAAGACGCGACUCUGCAGAUCAGGGCCAUUUGAUAAUCAAUCUUUCGUAUAGUCAAUCCACCUCCUCUCAUCUGCUGUGGGUAAGUAGUCCUAAUCGAUUGAGUUGCAAUCUGUUUACAACGCCUGCGUGGGAUAGGUGGCGUUUGCGGGCAGAAAAUCAUGCUAAUACUAGUCGUCAUUUCACACAGUAUGAUUCCGAGUUGGGCUGUUCCUCCAUGAUAUGGACUGACUAAAGGUCGAUGCAUGACGCGUCGAACAAACUCGAAAAACUUGGAAUGUAAUGUAAUUAUGUAAUGUAAUAUGACCGCGUGACCUGCCGUAUUAGUAGAAGCUGGUUAAGCGUCUUUGGUUCGCAUCAGCCACUUCCAAAAAACCUAUAUGUAUAUGACCUAUUGUGGAGUUUAAUUUCAACAAGCG